AACUAUGGGUUUGAUGACAAACGAGGGAACUAUAUAAUAUCAAUAGGGGACCACAUUAGAUACAAAUAUGAAAUCAAUUCGACUUUAGGAAAUGGAGCUUUUGGUUCUGUAGUAUCAGUAUCGGAUCAUUCAAGCAAAUCUAAAAUAGUUCUUGCUUGUAAAAUAAUCAAAAACGAUCCUCGAUGGUCUUUGCAAGCAGUAGAAGAAAUAAAAAUAUUGAAGAAGUUGAACCAUCCUAAUAUUGUCAAGUAUGUUGAACACUUUACUUUUAGAACCCAUAUGUGCAUUGUGACAGAAAUUUUGGCUAUAACCCUGUAUGAGUCAAUUCAGCUGACUAACUACAAAGGAUUUUCCUUAAAUCUAGUUAAGAAAUUUACGAGGGAGAUUUUGCAAGGUGUCGCAUACCUCCACUCGAACAAUAUAAUUCACUGCGACUUGAAACCUGAGAAUAUAAUGAUCUCAGGUGAUGGUACUAUCAAGAUUAUUGAUUUUGGCUCUUCAUGUCAUACUGAUAGCCUGAAGUAUAGCUAUUUACAAUCCAGAUUCUAUAGGGCUCCUGAGGUUUUGCUGGGAGGCAGGUAUGACACUAAGAUGGAUAUAUGGUCCAUUGCAUUAAUUUCUCUUGAAAUAUUUGCUGGAGUGCCCUUGUUCCAACCGCAAAAUGAGUGGGAGCUUUUCAGUUUAUGUGUGAAGUUUUUGAAUAUCCCCUCAAGAAAAUAUAUU